GAUAAGCAAAUGAGAUAUACAAGCUGGACUUUCCCUAACUGCACAUUCUUUCGUGGACUGCCACCAAGCAUCAACCAUAGAGCAGCAAGGCAUCAACAAUGCCUGGUGGAAUUAUGUGAGAGACUUCGGCAGUUUUUUCAUCUACGGACGGACGUAUCGGACGUAUCUCAAACAAAUUCACAAUGAUUCCAUUCGUGAUGAUGAUGGUUAUUGGGUCAGCUCAUCUUCUUCAAACAGUACGUGGUCAACCACAGUACUGCCUAAACAACGGCCAUCUCUUCCGUGAUGAAUGCUUCUGGAUUCCAGACGAUGUAGCACGCUGGGUCGAUGCUGAACAGAAGUGCACUAAAUACAAAGGCGCUAGGCUGGUCGCCAUCACUGACCAAGAAAUUAAUGAUUUUCUUACCGACCUAAUUGACAGGGACGUGUGGAUCGGGCUCCAUGAUACACACAACGAAAGCGAUUGGAAAUGGUCAAACGAUUCCCCCGUCAACUACACGAACUUCAUCGAAGAAGAGCAAACUGAGCUGUCUGGAGUCGAAUCAUUGGAGAAUAACUGUGUGGCAUUACAGAUUAGCAACGGCAAGUGGAAAGACUCGAGGUGUCGUGAUAGAAAAGGGAUGAUCUGUGCCAAGCCGCGCAGUCCCACUCAUUGCCCUAAUGGAGGGACACUAUUUCGGGAUCAAUGUUACUGGUAUGGUGGAGUCAAUGCUUGGUCUGUGGCAAACGAGGAUUGUGCAACAAGAUUCGGAGAUGGAGUCAAAAUUGCAGUUGUUCAAGACCCUGAACUCAAUGCAUUUCUAGGUAGAUUGAUAUACCCUGGUAUAUGGAUAGGCCUGCAUGAUCGUGGAAUAGAAGGCAAAUGGGAAUGGGUGAACGGAAGUCCGCUUCAAGAAACCAGUUACCAAAACUGGAUGGCAGGCAAACCUCAAAAUGUGACCCAGUCUGAUGACUGUGCUGUGCUCGUCACCCGUAGUUCAUCCGGACUGUGGAAAGAUCAGUCGUGCGACCGGUGGACUCGCUAUGUGUGUGCCCUGCAACCGUGUUAUGAAGGAGGUAACAUUGGAUCUGGGGAUGGUGGUGACGGGGCAUCAGUCGGCAAAGAUGAAAGUGAUAACUGUUGGGAGUUUGAGUCUGAUAGGAGAUGCACAAGUUGUGUAACCGGUAGUCAGUGCAGUACGGAGGAUGGCACGUGUCUUUGUGAGAGUCAGUUUGCUGAUAUGGCUUGUCAUAAAGAUGACAUGACGGUGACAAUUUAUGGGCCUGAUCAAUACAAUGUGGGGUCAAGUGUCACCUUGCGUUGUCACGUGAACAUACCCUCCACUGACGUCACAGUCGUGUGGCAAAAGGACAUCGACACUAAGAUUACUUUAAAUCAUGAAAAGACCGAUAUUAAAGUAUUUUCUGAAAAGGGGGACUACGAACUGACGAUUAAAAACCUGCAGAUCGAGGACGCCGGAUCGUAUGUUUGUGUUGCAUCCACGCUUUUGGGCGAAGUCAGCGUUCUUAAAAUGGACACAUUCCUUCUGGAUGUAGUUGCUACUUCCGUCCCGAUUUUGGCUGAAAGCGCAGAUGAUGAAGGGAACAAGGAUGCGGUGAAUCAAGGUGUUGUUGUUGGGACUCUAAUUGGAAUUGGUGCGUUUUGCAUUGGCUGUGUACUUGCAGUUAUCGUCAUCAAGGCUAAAGUGAAUAGAGUACGUAUAUUGAGCGUUUAGACCGCCUACCUCAUCCCACA